GAGGAAGAGAAGAAGAAGAAGAAGAAGAAGAAGAAGCUUGAAAGAGGAGAAGAAACACUAUUCAAGUCCGUCAAGCCAGCAGCUGGUGAUUGACAUGUUGCCAGUUGUGGUGGUCCAUGGAGGUGCGGGUCAUAUCCCAAAGGAGCGGGCACAAAACUCCACAUCAGGGGUGUCUGCAGCAGCCCGAGCCGGGUACAUUGUUCUCAAGGGAGGGGGCAGCAGCAUGGACGCUGUGGUGGAGGCUGUGACCCAGCUGGAGAAUAACCCCUCCUUCAAUGCAGGCUGUGGGUCGGUGCUGAACGUGAAGGGAGAGGUGGAGAUGGAUGCUUUUGUGAUGGACGGGAAAACGCUGGCGACUGGUGCAGUGUCGGCUGUACGCGACAUAGCCAACCCAACCCAGCUAGCAAGACUGGUUAUGGACAAGACGAGUCAUGCAUGUCUCACUGCAGAGGGUGCCAAACAGUUUGCCCGCUCCAUGGGCAUCCCUGAGGUGCCUAUGGAGUCCCUCAUCACCGAGUACUCCCGAAUGCGCUGGAGGAAGAACAUAGCACCUGAUGCCAACCCGGUGGAGUGCCAAAUGGGGAAGAUGGGCACAGUCGGGGCCGUGGCCGUGGAUAGUGAGGGAGUUGUAGCCUGUGCGACCUCCACUGGUGGGAUGCUGAACAAGAUGGAGGGUCGGGUGGGGGACACACCCUGCAUAGGUUGUGGAGGUUAUGCUGACAACAACUCAGGAGCAGUGUCCACUACAGGCCACGGAGAAGCUAUCAUGAAAGUUGUUUUAGCCAGACUCAUCCUGUUCUACAUGGAGCAAGGUCAGUCAGCAGAGGCAGCCAGUGACUCUGCCCUGGCCUACAUGAAGUCCAGAGUGGAUGGUCUUGGUGGUGUGGUGACGGUGGACCCUCGGGGUAACUGGGCCGCUCGCUUCUCCAGCCGGCAGAUGGCGUGGGCUGCAGCCCAGAAAGACACGCUGCACUACGGCCUGUACACUGGAGAGCACUUCACACAGAGCAUUGACGAGCCACACUGACACUUCACACAGUUUUCAUACUUUUUCAUUUGCACUAAUAGGAAAAAUCUACCGAAAUCAGAAAAUGAAUACUUCUUAUUUGAUUAGUUGUAUUGUGGAUGGACAGCUGUUGAUUAAAUGUACAGCCAGGUACCAGGAGAGGAGCCGUGCACAGACAGUUGAACACACAAUCUGUUUCAUUGAUUGUGUGAUAGAAACAUACUAAAAAGCCCAACUGAUUGGUUCUACUACUUGAAAUUAUCUUCAGUGAGUUAAGGCACUGAAAGCACUGUAGAGACCCCUUACGCACACAUUGCUGCAGCAGCAGGGUUCCUGAGGAGCCGACCUCUGACACCCUCAGAGUCAGGUUGACCUUUCCCACUCAGGCUUUCAUCGACUCAGAAGGCAGACGUCCAAUAACAAACAAUGUGCAGGUAAUCUGACACCACAGUGAUUGAAAAAUCAACAUCAAACUCCCUUUGUUUUUGGACCCAGUUAAGAACUGUCGCAAAAUGUUUAAUAAAAAGCAUUUAUGGUGCUGCAACCAACGUGUCCACCCUGUGAAGAAGAGCUUUUAAAAUCUAAAGAUUGUGUCCAUACCAGGAUGUAUUUCUGAGUAAAUCAGGAGGCUGUCUGGACAAAACGUGGGGAGGAACUUGAAUAACAAAGGGGCGUGUCUUAAACAUGGAUAACAAUACAACAGUUAAUUGGUGUGCACCAAUAGGAUAGCAGAAUUCCCCAUGGAGAGGCGUGAGACAAAUCUUUAUUACAGCUCUUUGAAAGGAGCUGCUUCUUAUGACUCCAUCUCUUGCAUCAUUAUUUUUUUAGACAGAGGGAGUAAACAUUACAGUAUAAAGCUUGAGAAGCUAACAGGCUUCACCGGGUGAAGCUGAGUUUGUCUUGUAGGACUUGGUCCUGGCUGUUUCUCAUUGUAAACUGAUCGAAGGAGCUGUUGAUUUCUUCUUUUGUUUCUACUUUUCCUACUUCUAUUACUUCUUCAUUAGCAAAACCAGCGUUGCAUUAUGCCAACAACUACACUGGAGUGGAUUAAAGGGGAAUAAAAAUAAUAAAGGCCGGGAAGUUUAGACACAACUGUGAACGAAUGGUUCUCAUGUACGACUCAGAUUGACCUGUGAACCCUGCAGAGCUGUUAGAUUUAAUGAUUUCACUUUCAGGACAGUAAAAAGAAGUGACAUGUUGGUCUUUUUUUAUCUGUGGUACUUGAACAAGAGCUAACAAAAAAAUCUGAGCUCUGUGCUUAUUGUUUAACCAUUCUUCCUUCCCCAAAGCUUUGGUCCACCUUGUUUUUUACAUUGAUUAAUUCAGGUAAAUUCCUUAAAUUCUUUUGAAACCA